CCAGCCGAGUCCUAGAUUUGUUCACCUGUGUUUACAUAGCAGAUAAUUGGUGAGGCAAUCCAGGUGAAGCGAAGUGUGGCGAGGAGAGAAUCAUUGACCUGAUUUUACCUGGUACUCCUCAGUACGGUGACUCAAUGGGAACAAAAGUCAUUGUUUACUCUCACACGGUGGGAGACCACUGUUACAAGUUGUUGGAGAGAGGGGUGUUCACGCGAAGUUGUGUGCAGUCUGGACGCAAUUUACUUUGGGGUCAUGCCAGCUACAUGUAGUUAGUUGCCUGGCUUGUAGUUUUUAACUUGGAAUACUGGAUGUAUCGGUCCCGCUUGAACCCUGAUCAUUAAUAAGAUACUGAAGCCUGCUACACUAAAAAGCCCUGUGGAUGCUGUACUCUUAAUAUCUGCGAGACGCUUCAUUCUCAGCGGGGAACAUCAUGUCCGUAACUGAACCAAUGCUGAACAUAUACCCGUCCACGAACCACCAUGCGCAGAUGCACCACGACGGACCGCUGGCCAAUGGCGAGACCAGCUCGACGACCAGCAGCGAAUCGGACGUCCAGCUUAAGGGCCAGAACGGCUCGCUCUCCCCAAUGGACAACGGCCCCGACAUGUACACGUCGGACGGCUCCAUCGACAGUCAGGGCCAGGUGCAGCAAUAUGUAAACGGGCCCAUCGCCAACUCGUGCCCAGCGAACUACAUCCAGGAAUACGACGGCAGCAUGGACGGGACCAACGCCAACUACGUGCCCAUCCCGGGCCAGGAAUAUGACGGGCAUUUGGAUUAUCCCUCGCCCAACCAGGAGUAUGUGAACCAGGAAAUCUACCAGGGUCAAAGCCCGGAAUAUGUGGAUUAUAACCAGGGGCAGGGGACGACGCCCAUGCCGGUGGAAGAGGGUGUGCCCCAGGGACAGGUGCAAGAGGAAGGGGUACAGGGACAAACCCAGGGACAAAAGCAGAAAUAUGUGUUUUAUCUGCAGAUCAAACCUGGUGAAGCAUUUCCGGUGGAAAAUGGGGAUCAAGUACAAUAUAUACACGGUCCAACGCUAGUUCAACUCCUUUCCAAUUCCCCCACCCCUCCGCAAAUUCACAUGGUGAAAACCGGGCACGGAUGCGUCCAAACCAUGGCCAACAACCUACCCCUCCAGCCUCCGGCGCCAAUGCAGUCCAUGCCCAUGCAGCUACCCGUACCGCAGGACGGCCGCGACGCCAUCAACCAGGCACCCGUCUACCCCAAUCACAACCAGGCACCGGCCGCGGCGCCGGUACAGCAGCAAAUGUACCAGCAGCAGCCACCGAUGUUCCAGCAGCCCCCUCCCGGUAACCAGCAGGUGUACCCCCCUCAUAUGCUGGGGGGUUACCCUAAUACGGCGGGUAUCCCGCCACAAAUGCACACCCAUGUACCAACGGUGUUCAUGGGUACCGGUGUCCACCCCACCCCAAUGCAUAUUCAGAGGUUUCCUCCCGCUCCAUGUACCUCAAACCAUCCUCAUCCUCAGCAUCAAGGUUCGAAUGGGGAUCUUUCACCUCGCCAAGAAAAUCCUCACAGGCCUGUUCUUCCAAGACCUAGGCCCCGAGACGACCGAGCCGACAAGCAACGGGAGAAACUUCAGAAAAAGCUGCGCGAGCGGGAACGGCAAAAAGAAAACACGGGCCACAGCAGCCAUUCCAGUAGUCCCCAGUCCUCCCCCAGGGGCAUGAACUCACAUAGUAGCGGUGUGCUACGGCCUACGGAGAAUGGCACCAACUCCAGAGGGAGUAAGAAGAAAAGACAGAACAGCCUCAAAGAUGAAAGUGAAGAAAACCCUCAAGUCAAGAGACUCAAGGAUCUAUUGUCCAGUAUCCAGGUGCCAGAGGUGGAGCAGAUCACAGCCCGGUCAGCAACGGUCAGGUGGUCAAUACCAGAACCCUACCACUCGGGCCAAGGUGACGAAGACCUCUACGAAGACCACGGGAUAGAUCCUACGGCCAUCAGCUACGAACUCAAAGUUCUGGACAAAGCCAAGAAUUGUAGUCCUGGAACCAUUUACAGUAAUAGUCUUCAUCAGACACUGACAGACCUGAAGCCUGCUACUGAGUACCAACUAAGUGUGAGUGCAAUAUUGGACGGCGUACGCGGUGGUCCCUCACGGCCGGUUAUCUUCGAGACCCAUGGCUGCCCGCCUGAUGUGCCCUUGAUGCCCCGGCUCACGGGCAGGACCAAGAACUUCCUGGUCCUGUCAUGGAAGGCGUCAAACUCCAAUGGGUCCAAGAUCCACAGUUAUCUGCUGCAAUGUGAUAAGGGUAAUGGUUCAAGCGGCUACGUAGCAAUAUACGAAGGAGCAGACAAACAGUACAAAAUCACCAAGCUUCAGCCCUCCACACUGUACAGGUUUAGAUUACAAGCCAUCAACAGCCAUGGAUCAAGUGGGUUCAGCGAGGAAGCCAAGUUCUAUACAUCGGGCAGCGUGCCCCCUGUGCCCAGUCCGCCAACCCUAAUAGAAGCACUUGCCAGGAGUCUAAAGCUGCAAUGGCAGAGGGGCUCUGGAGACAUCCAUGGGUACUGUUUAGAAAUGGAUGACGAAUCUAAGCGCUAUGGCUUCCAAGUGGUGUACAGAGGGGAGGAAACGAGUCACUGUUGUAAAAAUCUUGCCAGAAAUUCAGAUUACAAGUUUAGGUUAUGUGCCUUCAAUGAAGAGGGAAACAGUCGGUGGAGUAGCAUAGUGGCCUUUCGCACGAUGCCUGACGCACCGCGAGCGCCUUCCAAGCCAAGCCUCAAGGGAAAACCCCAUUCCACCAGCUUCAAGAUCAUGUGGGAUCCACCAAGGGAUUGCGGAGGCUCUGAAAUAACUUCCUAUCAACUAGAAAAAGCUGAAGUUAGAAAUGGUCCCUUCUCGCCAGCGUACAGGGGUAUGGAACGGGAGCAUCAGUUUGACAAUCUUAAGCCCGGAUGUACUUACUACCUUAGAGUCUCGUGUACGAGUAAAGGAGGAGCGAGUCCAUGUUCGGAGGUGUUCAGUAUAACAACGCUACCCAUAGUACCAGGCCAAAGUCAUACACCCAGAGUACAUGGAAAACCCAAGGCUACUUCGGUCAACUUGAGAUGGGGUAUGCCUGACUACAACGGAGGGGCUCCAAUCACCGAGUUCUCCGUAGAAAUGACAGCAGCUGAUAAUGUUACUAGCGAAGUCCACCGGGCAACUGCAGACAUCACCGAGUGUACAGUGAACAGCCUGCUCCCCGGAAGGACGUACGACUUCAGGCUGAGGUCUUGUAAUAAGAUAGGGUACGGGCCCUACUCGGAACCUCUUCGGGUCAGCACGGGGGCGGGGCCACCCGACGCCCCCACCGAGCUGACGGCGUCCUGCGUCACCACCUCUGUUGUCCUUCUCAGCUGGCAGAAACCCUGCUUCAACGGAGCGGACAUCACGGAAUACAGAGUGGAGAAGGCCUCUGAGAAUGGCACAUUCUCAUUAGCAUACAGUGGCUCGGCCACCACCUGCGAAAUCCGGGGCCUCCAACCUGCUACCUACUACUACAUGAGGGUCCAGGCCCUCAACGCGGCCGGCCACGGGCCCUUCAGCUCGGUGGCCACCUGCCAGACCCUCCCCUCGUCCCCGGAGGCCGUCCCCUCUCUAAGGGUGGUCUCCUCCACCUCGGACUCGCUGCUCAUCCAAUGGACGGAGCCCAGCGAUUGCGGGUCGGAGAUCAUCGCCUAUAACCUGGACAUCGGCGAGGGCCAGCCCAUCUUCGUGGAGGGCAACGUAACCCAGUACUGUGUAGACCAGUUAGAACCAGAUACCAAAUAUAGGAUACGAGUGCAAGCCCUGAACAGCAUCGGUGAGGGUCCCUACAGCGCCGUCCUGAAGGCCAUCACCAGAGCCCUACCCCCGAUCCCACCCAGGCUAGAGUGCGUCUAUUACAGCCAUCAGUCGCUCAAGCUCAAAUGGGGCGAUCAGAACCGGAUCGCCGGAGACUCCAAGUCUGUCAACUUCACCUUGGAGAUGGAAGACAAGAGGGGAAGAUUUGUAGUCGUCUACUCUGGUAUCAAUCUCAAUCAGAAGGUCACCAGGUUGAGCGAGAGCACCAGCUACAAGUUUAGGAUUCUCGCCAGCAACGAGGCAGGAACGGGACCCUACUCGGAAGACUUCGUCUUUGCCACGACAAAGGCUCCACCCGUGACGCUUAAAGCUCCCACGAUGGAAGUUGAUCAAGAUUCUUGCCAGAUCUCCUGGGCCGAAGCUAUCCUCCAUCAGCAGGAGGAUCUCAUGCACUACCAAUGUCAGUACCAGAGGACCAGGGAAGGCGACGCAAGGGUGAUCUACCGUGGUCCGGAGAAGAGCUUCAAGCUAGAGCACCUUGAACUGAACGUGGAGCAUCGGGUACGAGUGUGUGCCAUCAGGGUACCAGGCGAUGGUUCCUCUGAGCUGACAGGGAUCUACAGUCCCUGGGCUCCGUUCACCAUCACCCCACCGGCAGCCAAGGAGGAGGCACUCAUGGCAGAUGGGGAUGGCGAUGGACUGACGGACCUGGACUCAAAGCCGAUGGGGGACAGUCAGCUGGCUAUGAUCAUCGUGGCGUGCUUCUGCGUGAUAGCCAUCCUAAUUGCCGUCUUUCUGCAGUGGUAUCUAGGCUCGUAACGGACGUGGCAGCUGGAGUGCUGGACCAAGGUGGCGGGCGCCCUCUUUGGCUGACGGAGGGCAGGGAAGUUCCCUCUCCCCCCCCUCUUUUUUUCUUCUUCAAGGCUUCGCUGACUAGAAUCUCUGAUAUUGACCCGUAGGACUCCAUCUGGCCAAUCUCGCACGGCCUUCACAGAGGAUAGUUACCAAUUAGCCUCGGAAUGCGCAUCGAGUCGUAUUCGGCCAUCCCUUCUUCUGCAAUCUUAGAACGUGGGAAUCUGAACUAAUUGUCAGCUGCUGGUUAGUUUCAGCCCUGUGACAAAAAUCAGAUCACGCCAAAUAGCUCUCUGACUUUGCUGGAUUUAGAUAUUUCUUUUCAUACCUUUUGGUUUCAAACUUAUCUGCUGUUUCAUACACACACCAAACCCUUGCCCAUUUGGAUCGUUAACGGUCAUUCAGGUAGUAUGAAGCAUAGGCUUCAUGCACAAAAAAAUUCACGGGUUAAACAAUUGCUUCAUCACAAAGGACUGACUAACAUUAUCAGGUCAAACUUUCUCUAGAUUCAAAAUAGAAAUUGAAAGAACUUGGGUUUAAAUUAGCAUUGAUGAUGAAUUGAACAAAUUAUAUUCCAAUGAUCACUGCCUAGACAGCAUUUACCAAGCAUUCAUGGACCAUUUCAAACAUCAUUGUUGAGAUUCAAAGUCCUUGAUUUACUUCCACAACUGUAGCAUGUAAGUAGAACGUAUUACCUCUUAAAAAACUUGACGUGUAUGUUUUAACUGUCUUACAUGUAAUGAUUCGUUUGUGUACUUGUGCACUGCAUACACAUAGCAUCGUAACUUACAUUUUUUUGAGUGGCGAAUUCCAUCGGCAUGAAGUGACAUCCUUCUUUAAUUUUUUUUUGUUGCCUCUUCACUGCCCUCUCUUGAGGAGGUAGGACGAUAAGCCAUAUUAAGGAUUACGCAGAUGUUGAUGUCGGUGUGUUUUACUCGAAUGACUAACAGUUGUUUUGUACAACAAAGUAAAUACAUGUCAUGUAUUCUCUCUGAGGCAAAAGACAUUCAAACUUCUCCAAGAAACACGGAAUCAGCUCGGAAUGUCGUGCUUUAGGGAAAGGUUGACUGGCUGCAUGAAAGUGGGAGGAGUACUAAAUGGGCAAUGUGACUAAUUUUUGUAUUCGUACAAACCGGUGUAGGGCUUACAUCUUGUUGUUUUCCCGCAUCUUACAAAUUGAGGCCAGCAAACUUCUGGCAGGUUGCAGUUUAUGUCAAGGAAAAUCUGACCAUAGAUCAUUUUCCCCAAAAAAUCCUUUUUGUUUUGUUUAAUAACUGAGGGUUUGAAAAAAACAUUGUGCACAAUAUGUGCAGUAUAGAUUUUGAAGGAAUUCUUGAUGCUUUUCGUGACAGAGAGUCUAUUGCAGACAUAUUCCAGAAAAAAAGAAGAAAAGAAAGGUAGAAUUCUGAAAAGGGAGCAGUCACCAUUCAUGUAUUGUUUUAGAACGGUCUCAGUAUUAGGGAGGGAGGUGUUGAUUUGAAUUUCUUUUAACAGAUUUAAAAAAACAAAGUGUUCGUCAUUUAUGUGAAUUCAUGAAAUGUAUAGACAAAAUGAAAUUAUUUGUGAAUUUGCAGGAUUCACAUGGAUUUUGGGGCUCGCUUUAUACCUGUUAAACCACUAGUUCAGGAAACUAAAAUAGUUGUUUUUAGGGUCCAUGCCUAAGAUUUGAGAAUAUAAAUAGGAUUUGGGAUGGAUCGAGAGUAAGGUAAAAGGACAGGAACGGAAAGGAUUGAGCGGUUCUUAUUUUCUGAGGCUGAAGUUAUUAAGAUUAAGAGAUAGAUAAAGUUAGAAAGAUUAAGAAAGAGAGAUAAAGUUAUUAAGAUUAAGAGAGAGAUAAAGUUAUUAAGAUUAAGAGACAGAGAUACAGUUAUUAAGAGUUAUAAGAUUCAGAAAGUAGUAGAGGCAGGAAGGGGAUCAAGCCGAGUAAUGGGUAUCAAGCUCAUGUAAUUUUGAUAGAAUGAAACCAAGUUCUGUAGAAAAUUCAUGUCAGCCUCUUCACAAUACUCUGAUUUUCUCUCUACGUUUCCUUCUUGUUUAAAACAAAAUUCACUCGGGGCAUUGCCAAAUUAUAUAGAAAUGAACUAUGAGCAAGACAGAGAAACCAAAGUGCAUAUACAAUGAAUUCUAAGAGUAAAGUUUUAUUUUAAUACGAUAUUUGCGUAGAAUAACUCAACUGCAAGAAACUCUAUUUGUCAGAUAAUUAGAUGUUAUAUUAUAGUAUUUCAACUCAUUCAUUGAAUAGAUUUAUCAGGAACACGUAUGUAUUUAUUUUAUGUGUCAGUUAGCUGUUUGUUCAAAUGCGUACAGAAUUUCUUUUACCGGUAGUUUGGCAAACCAAACAAACAAUAUACAAUUUGAAAUGGAAUGUCUGAAAUUGAAUAAUACUAAAAUGAAUUGUUAACGAGUAAUUAUAAACCGUAGGCCAAUAAAUUGAUGUGAGCAAAUCUCUCACAGAUUGCAACAUGAACUGACAAUGUAAAUGAAAUGGAAUAAUCUAAAUUUGCAAUUCUCAUUGAAUGUUGGAAACAUAAUUGUGUUACAAGUGCUUUAAAAAAAAUGAAUAGGCAUUAGUUUGUAUCGCCUAUUCCCAUUUAUUAAAGGGCUGUAUGUGCUCUAUGGAGCUAUUUAAAGAACUAUCAUUUUAUAUCAUAGGCUAGUGAUUAAGAAAGGGAAGGCAUGAACCAAUUCCAGCGCAAAAAAGAUAAAUAGUGCCAGGUUUACAUCAUGCAUCAAUGUCUUAUAUGCAGUUGGUGAGGUUCAUACCCUAAACCCGAUCUGAAGUUGCUAGCUGACAAUAUAAUCAAUUUUGGGAGUUGGGCAUUAAUGAUGUAUUAGCUGCAAUGGUGUGUGGUGUUUAACAAGCACUACCGUUAUUCCAGAGAAGUAUCUUCUAGAGGUUAGUUUCUUGUUUUUACAAAGCUGCUGCAUGGUUAGAUGCUAGACCACAUAUUUUUGUGUGUUCAAAGAUUUGUGUGCAGUAGUGAAAUUAUGACAUGACUAGGCCACAAUGAUGCUAUAUGACAAGGACUGUAGAGUUUCAUCGGCUAGUAUAGUAUUGAUACAGGUCAUUUUAUAGGAACACACAGCUGUAAUGUUCUCCAAUAUUCUUGGUAAGGGGUAGGAGCAGAUGGGGGGGGGGGGGGGGGGGUGUUACAAUUUAGUUUUAACUAUACCCUAUGAUACUGGUCGUGACAGAAGGGAACAUGUUGAUACUCUUUAAUUGCACUAAAAUCGAGCAAAAAUAACUUAAUACUCAGCGAAAUUACAAUCAAUUUAGUAUUUACCUCCUUUCUGAAUUUUAAGCUUAAAGCUUUGGGAAAGAAUGAUAUUGCAGGAUAGGUUUUUCUUACUUAGUAGCAAGAGUUCAAUUGCAUCUAUUAGAUUGGAGAAUGAAUUGGUAUUCACUGCAGCAGUUUAAUAGAAUGUUAUCCUGUAGUGGAUAUUGAACAUGCAGUUGCCCUUAGCUGCACCUAUGCUGGUCAUAUAAUUUAUUGAGAAAGAGGGGGUAAAAAUGAAGAAUAAAAAAAACAAAGAUAUAAUGGUUUGCCAUUCAAGCCACUCUACAUGAAAGGAUUAAGAAAGAGUUCAAGAGAGAAAGAGAGAGAAAGAGAAAGGGAGUGAGAGAGAGAGAGAGAGAGAGAGAGAGAUGAGUGAAGGAGCGAAAAAAGUUAUGUCAUGUACAAAUGAAAAGCUUGCCAGAAAGGCUGUAAAACAUGUAUAAAAUGCUAUGUAUUUGAUGGAUGUCGCCUGUUUGUUUGAAUACAUGUAUCGGUUGUAAUUUAUUAAGUUUGUUCUCCAACUCUCUUUGUUUUGUAGUGAAGUUUUCUUUAUCCUCGUUGCUACAGUAUGACUUAGAUGUAGCGAUGUACCUUUGGAAAUCUUGGAGAUACCGUAAGGCCUGUAUAAAGGGAAAUGAUGAAGCUAACAUUUCCGAACUAAAAUUGUUUGGGGACAUUCGUUUGUCGUCAUAUAGUGUAAGUAAAAAAAAUAGAAAGUACAACAUAAAGAUCUAUUUUUUGAAAUGUGGUAUAUAUACAUUGUAUGAAAUUGUAUGGCAUUUCUCCUAUCUGUUUUUGUGCUGUAUUAUGUACAUGUGUAUGACUAAGAAAAAAAUAAUGCUAACAGCAUAAGAUGAUCAAGUGCUCUGUACAAUGUUAUGCUCGACUGUAUAUUGCAUUAAAAAAUGAAGAAAACAAAAAAUCAGAUUUAAAAGUAUUAAACUAACAAAAAAGUAUAUAUAUAAAUAUAUAUCUAUAAUAUAUAUACAUAUCAUUGUGUAUAGUACUGUUAUCUAAAUUGAACAAAGUCUACACUAUGAAUGACGUGCUUUGUUAGCGUAAGUUUAUUCAGCAUUCAAGUUGGUGUUAGAGAUGAAUGGAGAUGGCUUUGUUUGUUUGAUAAACUACAUGUACUGAAUUCUGCGUGUGUAAUCAUCAUUGACAGGCCACCGGGCUCUAUGCUUCUGCUUUCGUCUAUCUACACUGGAUCUCACUUUCCACUUUGGUUCUACAAUCAAGAUUUGGUUCUCAAAUCAGUAUUAGGCUGUUAUCAGGUUAAAAUGACAAAAAACGAUCUGAUGUAGUGCGGCAUGUGGGCUACCACACUCGUGUUUCACAUUAUGAGUUGAAGGCGACAUCAAUUUUGUCGAUUAAAGGCCGAAAGAACGUGAAUUCAAGAGAAGUGCUCUCUUUACGAGGCUUGAAUGACAAAAUGAUAACUCGGUUUUGUGUGUAAAUAUAUAUAUCAACAGACUGAGAGAAUAAUGUGAAGUACACACGAAGAAACAUAAUGACAUCGCUAUGAUGAAACAGAAAAGAGAACAAGCGAUGAAAAACUACAGUAACAUUCCGAGCUAUUUUUUACCACCAGAACGUAGGGUUUACAGUUUUUGGCAUUUAUGCAUUCACUUAAGGAUGGGAUUCUGCGAGAACUUGAUUUCUUUGGUUGUUUUUCAAUGUUAGUUUCAAGUGUAAAUCAUUCUAUUAUUGCCAUGGCUCAACAUUUUUGUUUUCUUUCUUGUGUAGAAUAUGUAGAGAUCUAUUUUUAUCUGUGUGACAUAAUCUUAGGACCAAUAAUAUUGUUUCCUUUUUAACUUGUAUUUGCAUUCAUUUAUGUAUAUGUAUAUUCACAAUUCAUUGGCGCAUUGUACUAUUUCAAUUUUUGAUGUAGAGUUAUAAUUUGAUACUUAUAUUUUGAUUUGAGGCGAAAGGUAUGAUCUGAAGUAUUUUACUGAAACGGUCAGAACUUAAUGAAUGUGUACAGGCAUAACAGUUCAUCGUUAUUUUUAUUGUUAUUAUCAACUAUCAUUAUUUUCAUUAUAUGAGAUAUAUUUUUCUGAAUUAUAAGUACAAUGUACAUGUAUCUGCAUAAGUAUGCUAAGGCCGUUGGUAGAACAUACCAGGCCUUUCCCGCCAUUUUGUUGUUGAAAAUACUCCAAACACAUUUUAAUGCAGGAAAAAAUGUAGACUACUACACCACACUUUCCUUUUCUAAAUUUUGUUCAUAUCCUUGAUAUUUUUGCAUCUCGUUUCAUUGUCAUUUUGGAGUGAACUUGAAAGAUUAAUUUUCAUUCAAGAAUCUAGUCUUCACUGUUACUUAUAGGUUUUCAAAUUUGCCAUGAAAAUUUCACAUUCCCAUAUUUUGAGCAUUUCUACAGCUUUUUCCACUGCCAGCCCUAGAGAUCUUCUUUUGAGUCCACGCAAUGAUUAAGAACAAACAUGAAUUGCAUGAAAGUCGGAACUUUUAGAUUUAUUUCAGUAUUAUCAAUAGACUUACCCAUCGUAAGGUUUUGAAUUUGUCCCAAUUCUUUUGAUAUUUAAACUUGUUCAAAAGUUUUUAAUAAUGUAAACGUGUAAAGUAUUUAUUAUUUUGGGAGUGUGCCACAUCAUAUUCAUUGUUUCAUUUAUUACAAAGUUCUGAGUCAUUAUUUAUUUCUCUUCUUUUUUCCAUUUACAAAUUUUUAAAAAUAGUUGGAACGCGUAAAAGUUUAUUCAGAGUUUCAUAUUUAAAGGAUUUCAGGGUCGUUCUUCUUUAAAAGAAUAAAACAAAAAAUUGAAAUCUAUGAAAGGGUUUCCUAGCAACUUGUAGGGACUAUUUGACGUAAUAAUGCUUAGGAACAUGGCGUAAAAUGACAAAUUUUGAAAGAACUUCUACAAAAAGAUUGUAAGAUAAAUAAAGAUGGGGGAAAUGUGCUAUGGAGAAGCAUUAUUCACUUUCCCAAGGAUGAAUGCUUAAAUCCAUGCGCAGAUUGUUUCAAGGUCGAUAAGGCUUUUUUUGUUAGGAUCAUAAACCAAGCAAUGCAUUCACCAGAAGGCAUUUACAUGUCUUGGCAUAUCUGUCACUGCCUCGUUAUUUAAACUCACGUGGAGAAAUCAAUGUUCUGAUUUUCAUACAGGUCUUUUAAUUAUGAAAGAGCACAACUUUAACAUGUAUCAGAGUAAGCACAAAUUACAAGAUAGCAAGUGUUUUUGUGAAAUGGAAAUAGGUUCACUUGUGUUUGGUUGAUGGCACAUUGAGUAGAAGUUUUCAGAAUUUGUUGUAAAUUUUCUUAAAUUAAUCAUUGCUUCCUGGCAUUAUGUCUCCUGCUUCCUAUGAAACGUAAUGCAAAUCAGAUUAUAUCUUAUUUUUUUUGGUAAACUGAGCAGAUUAUUUGCAGAAAAGGUUAUUUUUUUGUAUUAGAUGAUUUUUGCUUUUAUAGUUCAAGUAUACCUUAUGAAUUUUCCCCAACUCCUUUUCAAGUAAUGUAUGUCUUUUUUCUUCUAGAGAAUGUGAAGGUUAUUUUCACUUGUUUGGAGAGUCUCAAUUGUUUAAAAUAUCAAUUUUGUUUUCUUGGUAGAACCGAAUUUGUUAUUGAAUUUUUUGCGAUUCAUUCUUCAAGUAAUUUUAUUGAAAUGAGUUGUAAGGAAAAAAAUGAUCAAAAUGGAUGGAAGGAAUCUAAACUAGCAAACCAGAACGAAAGGUUUUUCGCCUCUCCCUUUCUGUAAAUUUGAAAUCCAACUCAAGCUUGCAUUGAGAAAAUGCGAAAUUAUUGAAGUAAAAAAAUGGAGUGUAUAGCAAGAUGGGAACCAGUAUGAACGCCUUGAAAACACCUUGUAGAACGAGUCUUAUAUUGUGCUAUUGUUGAGCGUAUGAGGAAUUUGGAUUAAAAAAUGCCUUACUGUCCUUGCAGAGUUAUCUAUUUAAUCACAACAAAACAAAUAUAUAAAUAUAUAUAUAUAAAUGUUGCUUAUUUCGUGGAUGUUCUUCUUUGAUUUCUCAACUGCGCGAUAAAACCUGUAUGCCAAUCUUUGGUACGUAGAAAAGUCUUAGUCGAUUGACUGUAUUGUGUAUCUUAUAUAUUAGCUGAACAAAUAAACAGAAAAAUGAAGAAAAAAUUAACAGUGCGUGUCUGUGGAACUUGCGAAAAAUGUGUUUUGAGCAGAUCACAAAAAAGCUAAACUAUGAAGAAAAAAAAGUGGUUAAAAUGCAUUCUUUGUGAUUGAAAUUGACAUGAAUAAAUGUGCUCAUUUCUUUUCCGUGCCAAACCGUAAGAAAAAAUGAAAACAAAUAUACCAAUAUAUCUUACAGUCUAUAGUAUGAUAUUGAAAAAUAAAACAUCGUCUAAUGGCGCUUACAUAGCCAGAAAUGUA